CGGGUGCGGUGCCGACGUCAGGCCGCGUCGAGGCAGCGCCCCGGGCCCCCGCCGUGCGCUUGGCCGCGGGGCCGCCGGAGGAGCAGGGUGCCGCGGGUCGGGGGCCAAAAGCACCCGCCUGGUGCCAAAGAGGGGGCCGGGUAGCCCCAAACCGGCCAUAAAGGGGCCGGAUUCGCACCCAGGAAGCCGUGACGUCGCGCUGACGUCACCCAGGCAGGCAGGCACGUGCCCCACGCGGCCCCCCCCCCAGCACCAUGGCAGACCCCUGGGGCCACUGGACCAACCCUGCUCCCCCCGAGCUCAGCCGCGACGGCCCCCAGCUCCAGCGCUCCAAGAGCUUCACCCGGCCCAGCGGGAAAAUGAUUUAUAGCCAGCGCAAGGACUAUGCCCAGAGCCUGCUGCAGCAAAGCCCCUUCCAGCACCGCGUGCAGCACCUGCUGACGCUGCGCCUGGAGCCCGGCGUGCGCGGCACGGACGACUGCGUGGCGCGUCUGAAGGCGCUGGAGGCCCAGGGCCGCGUCUGGGGCCAGGACCUCAUCCUGCAAGUCAAGGGGCAGGAGCUGGUGCUGAGCGACACCGAGAGCAAGGAGGAGCUGGAGAGCUUCCCGCUGGGGGGGCUGCAGGAGUGCUCGGCCGCGCUGGACGCGGGCGCCUACGACUCGGUGCUGGCGCUGCGGGUGCAGGAGCGCGACCCCCCCGGCGCCAGCGUCCUGCUCUUCCAGUGCGACGGGCCCGGGGCGGAGACGCUGAAGGCCAACCUGGAGCAGCUGCUCAAGCAGUGGAAAGAGGAGCAGAGGAGUCAGCAGAGCCACAGGACCAGCCUGGAAGCUGCGCUGAGCCGCCCCCCCCCGUACCUGCAGCCCCCCCCCAGGGCGCCCGAGCGGUGGGCAGAGAGCUCAGAGCCGGACCCCUACGGGCCGCCCCCCGCCGAGCACGGCACCCAGCAGCCUCUGUGGCUCAACGCCACCAACCAGCCCAUGAGCGACCUGGAGCGAGACACCGAGGUCCUCAACCACGUGCUGGGCGACGUGGAGCUCUUCGUGAGCCAGCUGCAGGCGGCCCUGGGCUCGGCCAGCACCAAGAACCCGUGGAAAAAGAAGAAAAAGAAGGAAAAACUUCUGCCCCCCGAGGCCGACUACAGGGACUUCUUCCAGAAGGUUAAAUACGCCCUCAACCUCCUGGGCAAGCUUCGCGGGAACGUGGAGAAGCCGAGCACCCCCGAGCUGCUGCGCCUGCUCUUCUCCACCUUGUCCUUCGUCCUGGACCACUGCCCGGACCCCGGCCUGGCGUCCUCCGUGGAGACCCCGCUGCUCAUCCAGGCGGCCAUGGACCUGCUGGAGGAGACCCUGCACCCGGAGGACUACAACACCUGGAAGAGCCUGGGCAUGGCCUGGACCAAGAUCAGGGCCGAGUACCCCAACGGCGACUCGGUGCCCACCUACAUCCCCGUCUUCUCCGACGGGUGGCUGCCACCGCUGCUGGCGCAGCCGGGGGUCCCCCCUGCCGCCGAGCGCGUGCCUGCCGCGAGCCCCGGGGACAACCUUGUGUCCCCUCUCUCCACCCCGCCGCUCAUGCAGGCCCUGUACGAGUUUCAGGGCAGGAACACGCAGGAGCUGACCGUCCAGAGAGGGGAAAUGCUGCAGGUCCUGGACCAGCGGAAGAAGUGGUGGCUGGUGCAGAACAGCCUGGGGGAGAAGGGCUACGUCCCCAGCAACAUCCUGGAGCCCCUGGGGCAGGAUGCCACCGCGAGCCAGAGCAGCCCUCCCACCCUCCACCUCAGGUCCCCGCCGGCAGAGGUGACCGCUUGGCUGCAGGACAAGGGUUUCUCGCGGAUAACGGUGAAGUGCCUCGGCGUCCUCUCCGGGCAGCAGCUGCUGCACAUGAGCCCGGAGGAGCUGCGAGCCGUCUGCCCGGAGGAGUGGCGACGCGUCGUCUUCAAGCUCUCGGCCGUGAAGACGUCCCUGGGGAUCGGUCCGAGGGACUGAGCCGCCAGGGGCUGGGACCACGCUGACGCCUUCCCCCGCCGCCCCCCCCCACCGCAGCCCCCCAUGACGAGCAGCCCAGCCGAGGGGGCGACGCUGGGACCAGCGCUGCAGGACUUGGGGGGCUCGAAGGAGGGGGGACGGGGCUCCCCUUUUCCUGCCUCCCCCCCCCAGGAUGGAGAGCUGCAUCCUCCAGCUCCAAACGACGGCAGCCCGAAGGGCAGCAGCCCGCUCCGCUGGCGUUUCCGCCUCCCCCGGCCGUUCCCUAGCAGCCAGCCACGCUGGAGAGCUCCUGGGGGAGAUCUGGGAUCUCCUGGGGGGAGAUUCGGGAUCUCCCAGGGGGGAUCUGUUGCUUGAUCCUAUCUCCAGCCACCCAGAGAGGCAGUGGGGCCGCCGGGGAGGGCUGGGCGCCGCGAAACACUUGUGCCGAUCCCGACGUGCAAAGCAACUGUGACGCAGAAGAAAUAAAACGCAAAGCGGAGCAGCACCA